ACUCCUUUACAUCUUGCUGUGAUGUUAGGGAAUAAAGAAUGUGCCCAUUUACUUUUGGCUCACAAUGCUCCAGUAAAGGUGAAAAAUGCUCAGGGAUGGAGCCCUCUGGCGGAAGCCAUCAGCUAUGGAGAUAGACAGAUGAUUACCGCUCUUUUAAGGAAGCUUAAGCAGCAAUCCAGGGAAAGCGUUGAAGAAAAACGGCCUCGAUUAUUAAAAGCCCUGAAAGAGCUAGGUGACUUUUAUCUAGAACUUCACUGGGAUUUUCAAAGCUGGGUGCCUUUACUCUCCCGAAUUCUGCCUUCUGAUGCAUGUAAAAUAUACAAACAAGGUAUUAAUAUCAGGCUUGAUACAACUCUCAUAGACUUUACUGACAUGAAGUGCCAACGAGGGGAUUUAAGCUUCAUUUUCAAUGGGGAUGCAGCGCCCUCUGAAUCUUUUGUAGUAUUAGACAAUGAACAAAAAGUUUAUCAGCGAAUACAUCAUGAGGAGUCAGAGAUGGAAACAGAAGAAGAGGUUGACAUUUUAAUGAGCAGUGAUAUUUACUCUGCGACUUUAUCAACCAAGUCGAUUUCUUUCACACGCGCCCAAACAGGAUGGCUUUUUCGGGAAGAUAAAACAGAAAGAGUAGGAAACUUUUUGGCAGACUUUUAUCUGGUGAAUGGACUUGUUUUGGAAUCAAGGAAAAGAAGAGAACAUCUCAGUGAAGAGGAUAUUCUUCGAAAUAAAGCCAUCAUGGAGAGUUUAAGUAAAGGUGGAAACAUAAUGGAGCAGAAUUUUGAGCCGGUUCGAAGACAGUCCCUGACCCCACCUCCUCAGAACACUAUUACGUGGGAAGAAUAUAUAUCUGCUGAAAAUGGAAAAGCUCCUCAUCUGGGCAGAGAGCUGGUGUGUAAAGAGAGUAAGAAAACAUUUAAAGCCACAAUAGCCAUGAGCCAGGAAUUUCCUUUAGGGAUUGAACUAUAUACCCGUGUUUCCCACAAUCACAGCCACUGUGACUUUUCAGGAGUUUCGCUAUGAUGAGUUUGAUGGGUCCAUCUUUACUAUACCUGAUGACUACAAGGAAGACCCGAGCCGGUUUCCUGACCUUUAACUGACAUGGAAAAUAAUGCCAUCUGCUCAAGGAAGAGGAAUGCAGAGACUCCACAGUGAAUCCAAACAGGGACACGUGCUUUCAGCGAAGAAAAGGGAUCACACAUGGAAUAGACACAUCAGUAAUGGGAUAUAAGGAAAUGGGCCUCUAAGGAUUUAUCACGUUUCCUGAUGUGCCAUUUUCAAUCUUUUAAAAAAAAAUACUUAUUAUAAAUGUAAUAGUUUGACACAUUAAUUACCCUAAGACCUUCGUAUGUAAAGCAGCUAUGAGUGCUAUGAAUUGUUUUUAAAAAAUUUUUACACUUGUUGAGAUAUAUAUGCAUAUAAAUAUAUCUAUAUCUAUAUCUAUAUCUAAAACACUCCUGGACCAUUAACAUAAAAGUCUUAAGAGAUAUGAAGCCCUUUUAAACCUGUCAUCUUCUAUUCAAGGUGACAUUUAUAAAUACUCCUUCCAAGCUUUGUUUUCAUAAAAUGUAAACUAUGUAACAUUAUGUAUAUAUAGUUCAGUAAUUUGAAUGUUUGUUCAAUAUAAUGAACUAGAAGGAAUGCAAUUUUCUGUAGAUGAAUGAACCAAAUGGUACCCAUUAAACAAUUGCAUUUAUAUGUUG